GCGCCGUCCGCACCGUUUACUGUAUAAUCACAGUGGGGAAAAAGAGCAGGCAACAAAACUAAAGCUUUUUUACGGCAAAGCGACUGCUGCCAUGUAAAUAACCGCCAGGGAAACAAAGGGGGUAUAUCAACAGGGAUCGUUUUAGGUGUGAUGAAACAAAGGAACAAAGGAUGCCUUAGAAGAGAGGCAGUGACGAAAGGCUGGAACCUGCUUGAAAGCACACCAGAUGGAUCUAUUGCUCCACUUUCCACCCAGAUCAUGAUACUUGGCUAAAGCUUUAAGCAUUCUCUAUGAUCUCUCCUCCAUCUAUGGCGAACUAUAGCCAUGCAGGGGACCACAACAUCUUGCAAAAUGUCUCUCCGCUUGCCACUUUUCUCAAACUGACCUCCUUGGGUUUUAUCAUAGGCGUCGGCGUGGUGGGAAACCUCCUGAUCUCCAUCCUGCUGGUCAAAGACAAGAGCCUUCAUCGAGCUCCCUACUACUUCCUGUUGGACCUCUGCGCCUCUGACAUACUCCGCUCGGCCAUCUGCUUCCCGUUCGUGUUCACCUCUGUGAAAAAUGGCUCGGCCUGGACGUACGGCACGCUGACCUGCAAAGUGAUCGCCUUUUUGGGCGUGCUCUCCUGUUUCCACACUGCCUUCAUGCUGUUCUGCGUCAGCGUGACGCGAUACCUGGCGAUCGCCCACCAUCGCUUUUACACCAAGCGGUUGACCUUCUGGACAUGCCUGGCCGUCAUAUGCAUGGUGUGGACCCUGUCGGUAGCCAUGGCGUUUCCACCGGUGCUGGACGUGGGCACGUACUCCUUCAUACGAGAGGAGGACCAGUGCACCUUCCAGCACCGGUCCUUCCGUGCCAAUGACUCGUUGGGUUUCAUGCUGCUCCUUGCACUUAUUCUCCUGGCCACCCAGCUCGUCUACCUCAAGCUCAUAUUUUUCGUUCACGACCGCCGAAAGAUGAAGCCCGUCCAGUUCGUGCCUGCCGUCAGCCAAAACUGGACCUUCCACGGCCCGGGGGCGAGCGGUCAGGCCGCCGCCAACUGGCUGGCCGGGUUUGGCCGGGGACCCACGCCUCCCACCCUGCUGGGAAUCCGGCAGAACAGCAAUGCGGCGGGCCGCAGGCGUCUCUUGGUGCUUGACGAGUUUAAGACUGAAAAGAGGAUAAGCAGGAUGUUCUACAUCAUCACCUUCUUCUUCCUGAGUCUAUGGGGACCCUACCUGGUGGCCUGUUACUGGAGGGUGUUCGCCAGGGGUCCGGUGAUACCGGGAGGCUACCUGACGGCAGCCGUGUGGAUGAGCUUCGCUCAGGCGGGAGUCAACCCCUUCAUCUGCAUCUUCUCCAACCGGGAGCUCAGACGUUGCUUCAGCACCACGCUCCUCUAUUGCCGAAAAUCCAGGUUACCUAGGGAACCCUACUGUGUUAUAUGAAGGCUCCGUGUUGCGUUGAUGUGGUCUCUUUUUGGAUGCCCUGACCGAUCAGGGAUGUGUUCUGUUGUACAGCUAUCUCCCUUUUCUCCUCCUCCCUUUCCGAGGCCUGUAGUCGAACGGUCAGCUCGAACCGCGGAGCUCGAAUGGAAUAAGCAAGGACAGAGGACAGGUCCUGCGUUUAUGUUCUAGUAAACCAUUAAAGCGAAAGGCCAUUUGAAACCCAAUAAGCAAAAAAAAGAAAAAAAAUUCAAAAAUGAAAGAAAAGAAAAAAAUGGAUAAAUACACAAGGGACUGACCUUUGCUUUGGAUAUUUUGAAGACUGAGGGGUGUUGAAUAAACAGGUACCUUAAAGGAACCAAUGGAAUCGUUUCGUGUUUAAAAGUUGCACUAAAGUGAAGACAUGAAGAUUUUUUUCUCGCCGAGUUGCAUUGCAAGGAUGUCUUGUUUUUAUUUCCGAACUGAAAUACGAAUGCUUUAACUUGCAACAGACUUCUCUAUCACUGUAAGUAAACAAAACUUGUGAGGUGACUAACUCUGUUGGAAUACACCUUCACGAGAGGAUAAUUUGGUUUAAAUGUAAGUGAGAUCUUUUUUCCUUUUAGGGUGGUUUUGGGUGGGGCGGGGCGGGUCUCAACGGGGGUACUGUUGUGUGGUUUCCGGAAAUUGCAACUUCAAUUAUUUCCUGUAGUUUUAUGAUCCAUAUGGUAUGUGUCUGUUGUCUGCCGAUGUUUUUUUCCUAUCUCAUUUUUCUAAGUCUAAAAACAAAUGUUUGAAUUUUAAAAGUUGCUCUUGAGAACCUUGUACUUAAAUCGAAAGUGGAGAACCACUAAAGUUCAGUGUGUCAUAUCCAUGUACCCGACGCUCACGUUUUAUUACAAUUUGCUGAUACCACUCCAACUGGUCUUGCCUUAAUAGUUCUGGUGUUGUUCAUUUUAUCAUUUGCAAGGUGAGGGUUGUUUUCUUAUCUACUCUCUCUCAAAUGUCGUAUAGGCAUACAGGGAGGGUUUCACAUCAGGGUGAGAAGUGCGUGUUCAUUUGAAAAAGAAUAUUCACGUUCACAUCAUGACUAACCGUUCAACGACGGACCAUUUCUUUUCCUGUAACGUUUGCUACAUCCCACUAAGUGCGCAGAGCACGGGGAGCAUGUGAGCGUGGAUGUCCGAAUGUGUGCGCGUGUGUUUUAGGCAAAGAGCUGUCAUGUCAAGACCAGAGCCUUAGUCUGAAAUCUUGCACAAUUUGUAAAAAAUGUAAUAAGAAAAACGAAAAAACGUUGUAUUUAAGGCACACAGUCUUGUUUCUACUUUCCCAACAUUUGCUCUCUACUAAUUGUUUUGAUUAACUUACUUUUUUCUCUUGUGGCCAUUUUAAUAUUUAUUCUGUAUUCUUUUUGUAUAUUAUAGGUAGAUAGUGUGUAAGUUUGUGAGUCUUUCAUUUUGAAGUCCCGAAUGUGAGUACUGUUUAAGUUAGGACUGCAAAUGCUGAAAGUUAAC